GGUGCGUUUGCACAAGUUCAGUGGACGAGCUCCCUUUGAAACUGUUUUGCUCUUGUUCAUUACCAAUCAGUGUCGGAUUACACUGAUGCAGAAGUUGAAUCUAAUCGUCACACGAUGAGUGGGAAAUCUGCGAUUCAAUUGCUACGGUUUAACUGAACUAGUACUCACAGCACUAUAAUAACCGAGGGUGAUCCAGUCAAGCUUGUGAAAUGAGUGCUACAUUUGAUUUUCACUGAAUCUUCUGUCUUUAAGUUUGAUCAUGGUUUUCUGGACUCUUGAACUGACAAAGUAUAUGCAUUAUUCAUUAAAGAUCACGAAGAUACUUGUCCCCUAAGACCAACAAUCAUCAUGUCUCGUGAGACAGUGACCUUUACCCAGUCAGGACCAACGCCCGUACACAUCGACGAGGCAGCUCUCUCAACCCGCACGGGCUGUUACGUCAUUACUCUGACAUUUCCUCAGCCAACACAGAUCGGCGAAAUCACUUUCCGAAAUUACUACACAUGGGCAGUAGGUGUCCAUGUCCUGCGAUGCGCGGCAGCAUCGACACUGCCCUUAGGAGGCGUCGUUGGCGCCGGUUUACUCGGCGGGGACGCCGGAGGAGAAGCGGCAUGGGCCUGGAAGGACCCCUCUUCUUGGCACGUUGGUGUGAGAAACAAGGUCCUGAUGCCCCAUCCACAUACAGAGACAGCCAGUCACGACUUCGUCUCGAUCACGUGUCUCGAGAGCCGGGUUGACUGGCAGGACGUCAUAGGAAUGCGUCUCAUCCUCCGUCAGCCCUCCCCAGUCUGGAGGACCUUCUUUAUUGAGGAGAUCACGGCCUAUAGGGAGCUGCCACGCCUGCCUCCCUUCAGUGUACCCAUCAUUACCCAGGAUGGACAGGGGGAGAAGAGCCAGCAGACGCCACUGGAACGCCUCAUCCAGCAGACGAGGAAGGCCAUGCGAGUUCCUGACGAGGACUCCUUAGAGGUAAGGGAAAAGGACGCGAAGACAUUUCAGAUUCUUCAUAACACUGAGACAUGUUUCUGAUCUUUCACUAAAAGAAGACAUUUUAGGUCCUCCAAGACAGACAGAUAACAGG